AUGCACAGCUAUCAACGUAAGUCGACGAUCACACAUUUAAGACAGCAUUUAGAAGGCAUAAUUGACAUCGAAGCGGAAUGGGACGCUGACCAAGAAACGUUCCAGUAUUUUCGUAUCAGCGAUGUCAACGAAGAUCAGUACAUUGACGGACUUGAGGUUAUCAAAGGAUUAGCUACGAAACCGGUGUUCACUGACGAGGCUCUAGAGAAGCUUGUGGAUGGAGUGCUAGCAGCGCUCGAUGCGAAUGGUGACGGUUUGAUCGACUUCGCUGAAUUUUCGUUCAAAAAGUAUCAAGAACAUCUGUCAAAUGCUCGAGCCAAUGCUUAA